AUGGUACACGCUAUAUCAGUACAUAGCCAGUACUAUGCAUCUCCAUACGUUGUUCAGUCUCCAUCGUACGGCUGCGGAUGCUGCUCGCCGCCUAUGACUCUUCAGGCUCCACCGUCACCACCAAUUUAUGUGACGCUUCCCGCACCCGCCCCGCUCACUGUAACACCGCCCCCACUCCCUCCAAUGUUAAUUGAACUGCCUCUGCCUCCGCUGAUGACCUUGACGCCUCCACCAGCUCCACCACUAUGCAUAACUCCACCCGCAUCACCCCCCAUCACUAUAACACCGCCAGCAUCACCACCUAUUACCGUCAAUCCUCCACCACUACCACCAAUGUGUGUAACCCCACCCCAGCAGCCACCAGUCUUUGUAAGCCCACCAGUUCCACCUCCAAUAUUUCUGGAACUACCUCUCCCGCCACCGAUUGUAAUUGAACUUCCAGCGCCUCCGCCGAUUGUGGUUCAACCUCCGCCGUUACCUCCUGUGAUGGUUCAGCCUCCUCCAUUACCACCGAUGCCGGUGCAACCUCCUCCACCGCCACCAAUGAUGAUCACACCUCCCAGUCCACCACCACUUUGUAUCCAGCCUCCUCCGCCUUGUCCUAUAACUGUACAGCCACCGCCUCCUGAGCCGAUGUAUCUGCAGCCACCAGCUCCGUGUCCGAUAAGUGUACAACCUCCACCACUGCCACCUCUUUGUGUACAACCGCCGCCGCCGAUGCCUAUGCUUAUACAGCCUCCGCCACCAGAGCCAUUCUGUCUGCAACCACCACCACCAGCCCCUAUUUGCUUCCAGCCAUCGCAGCCAUGUUCUUGUGGUUUACCUUCGGCGCAACCAACACCAAUAUACCUAUAA